UCGAACGGACAAUACGUGAAGACGCGCUCGUCAGGAUUCUGCGCUAUUUGUCCUAUUUAAUCACUUUUGAUUAUCCAUAAACGCGUGGUCGCAAGAUAAAGCUGACUAAAGUUUGAAGGAUAUUGGAAACAUCUGUCAGGCUGAGCUUGUGUUUUGUUAUUAUUCACUUCUCUUUUGUUUGGAGUGUGAUUCCAUUGAACUUGUUCCAUUGUUGUUGGAUGAGAAGCUCAACUUGGCAUUGAGGCUCCUGGGAUUCAAACCUACGGAGCAAACAGUGGUCAAUUUGUAGAUGUUGAAAGCUGGACACUAUACUUUAAGGAUAAAAAUGGCCAUGUGUCCUGGAUACUUGGAAGAAUUUUCAUCCUGACCACUGUCCUGGAUCUACACCGUCAUAGGAAAGAGCGACUAAUCUCUUGGCAAAGAAAGACUUUGGUGAUUUUAUUUUUCUGUGGACCACAUUUUGAGAAGUCAUCAUGCCAAUUUUGAAGCAGCUUGUGUCCUCGUCCUCCCAGUCAAAGCGACGUUCUCGUGCUGACCUGACUGCGGAGAUGAUCAGCGCACCUCUGGGAGACUUCCGUCACACUAUGCACGUGGGUCGAGGAGGCGACGCGUUUGGGGACACCUCCUUUCUUAGCAGUCGCUCAGGGGAGCCACCAAAGGAGCCGGAGGUACAGCAGAGCUCACCUAAACAGAGCCUCCUUUCCCGUACGUUCCGAAGCAGCAAGCGAUCCCAAUCGGCCAAUCGCGACAAGCCUGACAAAUCCAAACUAGCGCCCCCUGGUGGUUCGCCAAGUUAUGUAAAAAAUGCAAUCUCGCUGCCAUAUUUGAAUGACGAUGACGCAGGACGAGGUACUGGAAUCCACCUUCCCAAGAGCGUGUCCUCAAGUCCUUUAAAGAAACUUCCAGAAGACGAAGUAAAGCCAAUUAAUGGAGCCACGGCGCCCGCUGUAUCAGACUUGGAGCUGGACGAGAGGAGUUUCGGCGAGCUUACUGACUUGCGUCCAUCAGUUCCUUACACCGGAGGCAUGAAACAUGCCGAGUCCAUCAUGUCCUUCCACAUCGAUCUGGGUCCCUCCAUGCUGGGCGACAUUCUGAGCGUGAUGGACAAGAAGGGCUUCGACGAUGACGAUCUGGGAUUCGAAGAAGGGAAGAGUAGUGAGGGACGUAGCUCGCCACCCCAGAGCCCUCCCAACGAGGUGGAAGAAGAGGACCCUCUUCCUCCGAUCCGGCCCCCACGCCAAAGGCCAGGCACCAACCCUUACACCCCAGAGCUCCAAACCAGGAACCAUCAACACCUGGACAGCUGUUCCCUCUCCAGCUCAGGGUCCACCGUGAUGGAUGAAAAAUCCCACAAUCAGAUGUAUGAGGGGAACAUGAACAACAUCAAGUACAGCUCACCACGAGUUCAAGACGAUAGGGACUUCUCCUACAUGGAUGAUGAUGAGGAUGAUGAGGAGAUUAGGGUGUAAAGUGAACCAUAAGGUGCCAGGACAGUCUUUGCAAAGACUAAAAGAAGUGGUGGAGGUGGGUUGUGGUCGACUGGUAGAUGUAAAGCUCGCACACUGACUUGGAGGACUGAUUUUUAUAAUGGAGAUGAAAGGGAAAACGUACGUUUUAGCCCUUGAUAAUGCUUUUUCACUACUUUUUCUAGUUCAGGUAUACAAACCCUCUGUUACUAGUGACUUUCACCAGAGCCACCACUUCUAUGAGAGGAAUGUGCUUGCAUGUUUGCAUAUGCCGAAGUGAGAGAAUUCCAUUUCAAAUGGUAAUUACAGUCUCGUGAGUAUCAUUAAUGAAUUCUAGUGUUGACCACUUGGAAUGCUGAUACAGGAGGUUUGUGUGGAACCAAGCCUUACAUUCUCCCAUGAGCAAAGCAGUACUCUUAUGCCUUUAAACUCUGAAAAAUGCUAACGCCAACAGUCUUAAGUUUCCUAUGUUUUACAGCCUUUGAUUCCGUCUAUAAGUUAUAUCCUAAAUUUUGCCUUGUAUACAAAAUCUUAAUGAUGUAAAUGGUGAUUGGAGUACCAUAUACGUGUUUGGAGGUUCAACAGAAUGCUUUAUUAUAUGGCAUAUGUUACCUUUUUCCCAUCGGGAAUUGGUUUAUGUAGUUGAUCUGGACUUUGUCAUAUGGUCCAUGUGUGUUUAAGAGGAUUUCCUGUCAGGUCACAUGAAAUUUUCAAUCAUGGGGAAUUCAAAUUGAUGGGAUGCAGAAACCGAAAGCAGUGGUGACGUCGGAUUACUUGUAGGCAGUAGAAUCAGUCCAAGUGGAACCAAUUAUGACUUCAAUUUUGUGUGUGUGUGUGAAUGAGGAUUGAUGUCAAGAGGGUGGAGAAGUGUUAUUUGAUUAUCAUUGUAUAGGCUCAGAGAUGAAGAGCGUAGCUCUCUUAUUCAGGGUCUAGUGUAGUGCCUCGAACUUCAGACUGUGCUCAUCAGCAGAAGUGGCUCUGGAGAGUUUUCAUUUCUGAAUGACUAUUAUAGUUCUUUAUGUUUCUGUAUUUAGGUUUGAAGAGAGAACAACACCCCAUGAUGAGAUUGUAACUUGUAUAGCCACUCUGUGAGUUAGUGCCAUACCCUUUGCAUCAGUUAAAUGUAGACAAAAAUGUACUUUAUUAAAAUUCUUUAACAUCUACAAAAUUAGCAAACUCAAUCCUCCAUGUAAUUGUAUGUAAAGCUUUCCCUAAUUGUUCUUAAAAGUGAAGUGUCAUUUCUGCACCAUCAGCAGCACUAAAAUGGAACAAAAAAAAAAAAGUUAAACAAUUCAGCCCCCACCCCCAGUUGGGAUCUUUACAUAGUUUGCAAUUCCAUAACAUCCAAUCGUGAGAGUUUGAAGGCGGUGCUACGCAUUUGUUUGACCAGUGGAAGAUCUGGUAAUGUUUGAAACGUUAUUUUUGAAAUUCUGUUUAGUGCCACACAAAUUACACACUUCACAUGUAGGUCUCUAUUAUGAGACUUUCACAAAUUAUGCUAACAGUUAGCAAAUUUGCCCAAAUACUGGCAAGAUACUUAACACUAUUACAGUCUCUGGUUUUCCAUUGAAAACACAAAAUAAUUACUAUCCAUUAAUGUCCUGGUAGCCAAGCAAGUAUUAACUGUUCAUUGUGCAAUUUGGGAAAAUAAAAUUUUUCCCCCUAUGACACAAAGUUAUGUUUUGGGGAGAUAAUUUAAAAGCGUUCCAUUCUUGAUAUAUGUACAUCAUGUUCAGUUAUUCAUUUACUGUAUAUUUGAGUGUUUUGAUUGAUUUGCUAUUGUUUAGUCAACAGUGUUGGCCCUGUAAUCUGACAUUAUAGAAGCACCAUUUGUAGAAUUGGUUAUUUUCAGUUAGUUUCUGUGGUACAGAAUUGUUUGUACAGAUCUCUCUGUGGCCUUUUACCUUCACUUUCUGAGCUCAGUUAGGUUUUGUAUCAGCUUUAACACUUCAAGACUACAGCUGCAUUAUUUCCUUGCUCGCCUGUCAGUGUUUUUGUCGGUUUGUGAAAUCAGCAUGUCUGUACAGAGGAACAAGUGAGGUACGAUUUAUAAGAGCUCUAGAAAGAUGUUUGUAAUGCUGACUCCAUGUUUCUUAGGGUGUUUUUCAAGGUGGGAAUAGGAUGGUUUUGAAAAGGGCUUUAUUAAUGGGGUACGAGGGGCUUGUGUUGCCUUACAUCUGGUUGAAAUGCUGCAUUGAGCCGUUUUGUCUGCAAGCACAAAUGGAAGAUAAUCAAAUGUGCCAAUGUCUUUUCCUCUCUUUUGUUGCCCAAUUUUUGUUCAUUUUAUGGGUUAAGGAAGUGGUCGUGGAGAUAUCACACUGCACGCAAAGCUUUUGAAGAAGACCAGAUGUCCGGAACUGGAUUGUUAGACUGAAAGUGAGCUGGAACGCUGGACUGUAACAGGUUUUGAGAGCAGCAGAGCUCCCUCUACAGUUUUUGAGUAGUUUUCUUUCAGGCCAUUAAUGCUUUUACUUGGAUCUACGCUUACUGAGACAACUCUACCAUCCACAUACAAUGGCAUAAAGGUUUCUAUAGUUUCUUUGCUUGAUUACUAUAUGCACACAGGUUUGUAAUAAUUUAGAACACCACAUCUUCCUACAGUUGCUACAGAAAAUGGUGACAAAACACUAAAGUAUAGUAUAAAACAAUCUCUUUAAUUUCCAGGUAUUUGCUGUUUAUCUUUUUUCACUUAAUGUCUGUAUCAUUCUGUACUGAAAUAAUAUAUAUAAUGACCUGCCUCACUUUCCCAUGCAAAAUAACAGUUAUAUUUUUCAAUAAAAGAAAAAGCUGAUAAACUUCA